AUGGACUCAAACAGUGGGUUACGACUGCAUAUUAACUCUAGCGGGCCGAUGAGCACGGCCCAUUCCCACCCGCACGCCCCACCGAUGGGCGGCAUGGUGGGCCACCCGUCAGUCAUCAGCACCUCCAGACAUUUGCCGUCGCCCAUGUCCACCAUGGGCUCGCCCAUGAACGGCCUGGCCUCUCCUUACUCAGUCAUCACCUCGUCUCUGGGUUCGCCCGCCGUAUCGCUGCCGUCCACGCCCAACUUGAACUUCGGACCACUCGGAAGUCCGCAGAUGAACUCUAUGAACAAUGUUAGCAGCUCAGAAGACAUCAAACCUCCGCCGGGCCUUCAGAACCUGGGGAACAUCAACUACCAGUGCCCGAGUCCAGGGGGGAUGUCAAAGCACAUCUGCGCCAUAUGCGGAGACCGCUCCUCAGGGAAACACUACGGCGUGUACAGCUGUGAGGGAUGUAAAGGCUUUUUCAAAAGGACCGUGCGUAAAGAUCUCACCUACACUUGUCGAGACAGCAAAGAGUGCCUGAUCGACAAGCGUCAACGCAACCGCUGCCAGUACUGUCGCUACCAGAAGUGCCUGGCGAUGGGCAUGAAGAGAGAAGCGGUACAGGAAGAGAGGCAGCGUGGAAAAGAGCGUGGUGAGAAUGAAAUGGAGUCUACUAGCAGUUUCAAUGAGGAGAUGCCCGUGGAUAAGAUUCUGGAUGCCGAGCUGGCCGUGGAGCCCAAAACGGAGACAUACUCUGAUGGCAGUCCCGGCAACUCGACCAACGACCCCGUUACCAACAUCUGCCAGGCGGCGGACAAGCAGCUCUUCACUUUAGUAGAAUGGGCUAAGAGGAUCCCACACUUCUCGGAGCUACCCCUUGAUGACCAGGUCAUCCUUUUACGAGCAGGCUGGAACGAGCUGCUCAUCGCAUCUUUCUCCCAUCGCUCGGUGACUGUAAAAGAUGGCAUACUGCUGGCCACGGGCCUCCACGUCCACAGAAGCAGUGCCCACAGCGCCGGGGUGGGCUCCAUAUUUGACAGAGUCCUGACAGAGCUGGUAUCCAAAAUGAAGGAUAUGCAGAUGGAUAAAACCGAGCUGGGCUGCUUGCGAGCUAUCGUCCUUUUCAACCCAGAUGCAAAAGGUCUGUCAAACCCGACGGAGGUGGAGGCACUGAGGGAAAAGGUGUACGCCUCACUAGAGUCCUACACCAAACACAAAUACCCCGACCAGCCGGGCAGGUUUGCCAAGCUGCUGCUUCGUCUACCCGCGCUGCGUUCCAUUGGCCUCAAAUGCUUGGAGCACCUUUUCUUCUUCAAGCUUAUCGGGGACACGCCAAUCGACACCUUCCUCAUGGAGAUGCUGGAGGCGCCGCAUCAGAUUACAUGA